UGAUGAGCUUUCGUGGGCCAGACCCACUUCCUCAGAUCAAAUAGUGGAAGAAAAUAGUCACCGGCACUGCUCUGGCAGCCAGUGGACUUUCUGCAGAAAGGAUCCUGAUUGGUGCCCUUUAUGAUACUGAUACUGCUACCUCAAGCUCAUAUUGGGCUGGCAGCCUUCAAUUCAGCAAAACACAAGGCAUCCUUGUUUGUGGGAAUUAGACUGGGUAAUUUAAGACUGUAAAGAUCAGUAGUUUGUCUGAAGGAGGAAUAUUGUCCAAGAUUGCAGUUGAUUUUGAACUGCAGGGUAAUUAAGGAGCUACCAUUUACUGAAUCAUCCCAGAAAGCAGAGGGCUGGUUUGUUUUUAACUGUGUAUGCUCCACCCCUUCAUAGAACCAUAGAGCUGGAAGAGACCUUAGAACACCAACAAGUCCAGCCCCCUGCCCAAGGCAGGACCGAUCCCAAUUAAAUCAACUCAUUAAAGAGCUGGAAUGUUUUGGUGGGGCAAGAGGGGAUUUAAUAAAGUCUACCUGCUUUUGACUUCACAGAAGGAUAGACCUAAGUUUGGAUCUCCCUGAUAUGGUUACCAGGUCGAAAGGAUGAAGAACAAUACUUUGUAGGGCUCUCUGCAAAUGGGCUACCUAAUGUUUCUGAGAAUCUUCAUUCAGUUACAAAAGAGCAGAACUUUGGAUAGAUUACAGAUGUCACAAUAUCAGCGAUAUUGUAGGAUCGUAUCCUAUCCCCAAUUUGUGCCUUCCCUGUUGCAUGACCAUAUUCAGCUUUUGUAAGUACACUAAUAGGAGUCAUCCACAUUCUUCAGUGAGAUGGUCUCCUGCAUUUUGCUGUUUCAUUAUACUACUGCAUUAAUUCCUUUAUCCAUUUUGCUUGGCUGCAUCUUUCCCUUUCCCAGAUUUCCUUGCACCUAAUAUCCUGCAUCUAAUGAUCUGAUCUACUUGCUGUCAUUUGCUUUUUGGAUGGUUUUAAAUUUUCUAGUGACUGGCUCUGAUGACACGAUUUCUAGCAUUGUUUUCUUUGACGUUCCUGAAGAGUUCUAUGUCAUUCUCUUGCUUUGGAACUUCUCACUUCAAAGUAAAUCUGACACAAAUUAACUGUGUGUGUUAGAAUCCUGCUGUAUGGAUUGAAUCUGAUCGCAUUAUCCUACAUGAAGAAGCCUGGGAUAAAUUGAAAAAUAAAAAUAAACGAAUACUUCUAGCUUGGAAAGAGCACAGUCUGUAUAGCUGACUAAAUUCACUCAGCAAGGACAAGGGCCAAAUUGUUCCCUGAUUUAAGACCCAAUCUGAUUCCUUAUUAAAAUCCAUUUGAGUCUUUCCAUUGACUUUAGUGGAUGUUGGAUCAGGCUUUUAAAAGACUUAACAUAAUCUCUCUUUAUCCUUUGAUGUCAAAAUGCUUCACAAAGUUAUCUUUGUUAUACUGCUAAUAUUUGUAUUAAAAUCUGCACCAUUGCACUGGCGUGAGAACUAGGGCAGAGUUUGGUUCCCUGUGUUAAGCAGCAGAGAUAAUGUUACCCAUAUGUGUUCAUGCACACUUUCUGCCUUUUUCCUCUCCUGUUCUGUUUAGAUGUGAUAGUUGAUGUUCCUGGCCAUGGGAAAGUGGUGGUCGAUAUUGGAUAUGGUGGUGCUUUCUAUGCCUUUCUCAGUGCUGAGAGAUUGGGCUUAGAUGUUUGCUCUUCAGCGACUAAGGAUCUUGUAGAUGCAGCAAGUGCAGUAACAGAAGCAGUAAAGAGACAGUUUAAACUUCAUCACCCUGACAGCGAAGAGCUUGCUUUCCUUUACGGCACUAUUUUAACAGAUGGAAAAGAUGCAUUUAAUGAGGAGCCAACAACCAACAUCUGUGUGUUUGCAGAUGCACAGGUCGACCGAAGUCCUACAGGCUCAGGUGUGACUGCCCGCAUUGCCUUACAAUACCAUAAGGGACUCAUCCAGAUGAAUCAGACCAGAACCUUUAGAAGCAGCUCAACUGGUUCCUUGUUCACUGGAAAAGCAGUGAAGGAAGCAAAGUGUGGUGACUAUAAUGCUGUUGUAGUAGAAGUCUCAGGAGAAGCCUUUUAUACUGGAACAGCAACUUUCGUUGUUGAAGAAGAGGAUCCACUGAAAUAUGGAUUUUCUGUAAAGUAACCUUUGCCAUCAUUCAACUGCCAGCUUUUAAAUAGUACCCAAUAUUGAAAAGAUUAUCUUUACAGUCUGUGAGGGAGGAAAAUAUAAACACACCAGAUUUACUUAGCUCCUAUUUUCCUGAUAGACUGCCGUGUCUGUGGAUGGUUUAAAACAAGUUCAUUUAAAUAUCCUAGAGCAGGGCUAAAAACUCAUGGUGGUAUGACUGUAUUACAAGUACAGAUCACAAGCCACAUUAUUCUGUAGUGAUUAGUAUGUAUUAUACAAGUCCAUGUCUGAUUUGAACCUGAAUUUACCAUUACAUUCCAAAUGCUAGAUGGUAAAUAAUGCUAAGCUUGAAGGGGUUAUUUCAAAUGUAAGUGCCUCUUGUAAAGACAUUAUAUUUUACAUUCUACUUUAGUGGACGAAUUCUAUUAAAAUGCAGUGGUUUAACUUCA